AUGGCAGCAUCGAAUCCUAGCACCCUCGAUUCAGAAGGUGGGCGUAUGCAAAAUCAAAAUCAAAACCAAAUUCGGACACAGGCUCAAAUGCAAGCUCAAAUGCAAAGUCAAGGUAGUUUUACAUCGACGACGACGAGAACAGCGACAACACAUACAUCAGGGCCAGUUUUGAGGUUAAGAGGAGCUUCGAGUGCGGAUGAGAGUAGUGCUGAUGGAAUGGAUGGUGAUGGGAAUGUGAGGGGUGUGGGGAGAGUAGGGAGAGGAAGAAGGAUUCAGUGGGCGGAGGAUGUGGUGGAUAAUGAGGGAUUGGGGAGGAAGAAAAGUAAAGUAUGUUGUAUAUACCACGCUCCACGCUCUAUCGACGAAUCCUCGGAUGAAUCUUCGAGUGAUAGCGAUGAUAGUAGUAGUGAUGAUGAUGGUGAUGAUGAUGGGGGUGCGAGACCUGCUGGGAAUGGGAAUGGAAAGGGCGGUUCGCAUAAACAAAAUCAUGAGCAUGGUGAUGGUGAUGAUUGUGGACAUGGACAUGAACAUGGAAACGGGAAUGCGCAUGGGAAGGGAAAAGAUAAAGGAAAAGAUAAAGGAAAAGAUAAAGGAAAAGAUAAAGGAAAAGAGAGGAAAAGAAGUCCAAAUGCUUAUGAGAGGCAACCGAGUAAUAAGGGGAAGGGGAAGAGUAGUGCGGGUGCGGGUGCGGGAUAA